AUGGAAACUGGUUCAUGUGACCUGGAUCAUUUUUUCAAUUUGGACACCGAUCAGGGACGUCCUAAGCUAGACACCGGCCAGGGGCGUCCUGCGCUUGCCGGCAAUGAGAUUUGGGUUAUUCUCCGAGCCCUACGUCCUGUUCCUUCGGACCCGAAAUCGUUAUAUCGAGACCGGCGACGUUUCACCCUCGUCUAUUCCUGGCACUCUCGGGUCCUAGCUGGAUAUUUUGAUGGGCAACUCCAUGUUCAGUUCACCCGCAUUUUGGAUUUCAAGGAAUACGCCGUAAUACCGCCCGAGGACACGCCGUACAUUGAUACUAUCGACAAGGGCAAGCUUUAUGACAUGCUCAAUAUGCUUGCGAAAUGGUCAUGGCCCAUCCCAGUGGCAACCACGAAGGAAUACACUGCGCGCCCGGAGACAAACAUUGUCCCCGGGGAAACAUUUGCUGUACAAAAGCAUACAACUCCUACUUCGGAAGAACUUGAAGAUGGAGAGGUUGUCUUGGAAAGCCUUUACCUAAGUCUGGAUCCUGCGAUGCGUGGGUGGUUGGACGAUCGACCUUCAUACAUUCCUCCAGUUGCAAUUGGCGAAAUCAUGCGUGGCUACGCUGUGGGCCGUGUAACUGCCUCGCGGUCAGAGAAGUUUCCAGUUGGCUCCUAUGCUCUCGGUAUGGUAGGUUGGACUGAGCAGGCAAUUAUCAAUGAGAGCUCUUUGGAAUCCGUGCCUACGCCUGAUCCUGCGGAUGGAGGCCAGUUGACCGAUUUUCUCAGCGUCCUUGGCUUGACAGGAAUCACUGCGUACUGGGGCAUGGUUGAGGUUGGCCAUGUCAAGCCUGGGGACUUUGUGGUUGUCUCUGGAGCAGCAGGGGCGACUGGGUCUAUCGCUGGACAAAUUGCAAAGAUCCACGGUGCCACUGUGUACGGAAUCGCAGGCUCGGAUGAAAAGUGUCGUUGGUUAGUUGAGGACCUCAAGUUUGACGGGGCACUGAACUACAAGAGCGAAGAUUUCGCCGAAAAGUUCAAGAGUUUGAUGCAAGGAAAGAUCGACCUCUUUUAUGACAAUGUCGGAGGAGAAGUCCUCGACUUGGCUCUACUCUGUGCCAACAAAAACGCUCGAUUUGUCAUGUGCGGUGGAGUCAGUCAGUACAAUGAACAGGAGGUCAAAGGACCAAAGAACUACAUGAUGAUAUGGAGGAUGCGGAUUCGCAUGGAAGGCUUCAUUGUCUUCGAUCAUAUGGAUAAGAAACCUGAGAUCAGACGGAAGCUCAGCCAGUGGCUUGCGGAGGGUCGACUGCAACGGAGGGAAACCAUUGUGCAUGGCGGGUUAUCCCAAGCCGAAACUGCCUUGAUGCAACUGUAUAAGGGGGUAAACACAGGAAAACUGCUUGUCGAGGUCAAAGCUCCUUGA